CUUGUGCCAGGACACUUUCCUUGAGCUGGCAGGACCACUUACCUUCGUACUUGGUAAUACGCAACUGUUUCAGCGUCGGCCUCUUGCGCGAUUUCUGCGCGCAUCGACAGCCAGCCCCACCAAUACAAAGUACCUCCCAUCUCCGCCGCCUGCAGCUUGGUCGCGCCAUGUACACAACGCCGCAAGAGCAGGAGCUCUGCCGCAACUUGCGCGAACUGCCUCGCCGGCACAACUACCGAUAUACUCCAGACGCAGACCGCGACCUGCGCGCUAUCCUCUUCCGCUCCCUCGCCGGCCAUGAAGCCCACAUCCCUCUCUUCUUCCCUUCUGGGCUGCCGGCCGACCAAGAGAAGCCAUGGAGCCUGCGAGACGCACAAGGAGCCAUAGAGGGUGCAGAAUACACACCUGCAGCAAAGGGCAAGCCGUGUGGCCAUAUCUUUAAGAACGGAGAGGGCACAUAUCGCUGCAAGACGUGCACCGCUGAUGACACAUGCGUCCUCUGCGCGCGUUGCUUCGACGCCUCAGACCACGAGGGCCACCAGGUCUUUGUCAGCGUCUCGCCGGGCAACUCCGGCUGCUGCGACUGUGGAGACGAAGAAGCGUGGAUACGGCCUGUCCACUGCAACAUACACUCGCCGGACGCAGAGUCCAGCAGCAAGGCAUCUGGCAAGGCCAAGGAAGGUUCAGCGUUGCCGGACGAAGUGCUCGAGAGCAUACGUAUGACCAUUGCAAGGUCUUUGGACUACCUGAUCGACGUCUUCUCCUGCUCUCCCGAACAACUGCGCCUACCCAAGACCGAAGAGUCUGUCCUACAGGAUGAGCGCAACUCCCGCCUCACUUCGAAGUGGUACGACCCCGGCGAUCAGUACGAAGAAAACCAGGAAUACUGUUUGGUCCUCUGGAACGACGAGAAGCAUACUGUAACCGACGUCCAGGAGCAAGUCGCCCGCGCUUGCAAACAAAAGCAGGCCUUUGGUCUGGCAAAAGCCCAUGAAGUCAACGAUGUUGGCCGCAGUGCUGUUGUCUACAGAUCACAUCUCAAGGAGCUACUUCGCAUGGCCAAGAUCAUCGAAGAGAUCAAAUUGACCGUGACCAUUCGCUCUGCGCGAGACACAUUCCGGGAGAUGAUGGGCGGUGGUAUCGUUGAAUGGAUCUCAGACAUUGCUGGGUGCAGCGCGGGUGCUGAUCACCAGGUGUUGCGACGCACCGUCUGCGAGGAGAUGCUGAAGCCUUGGCGCAUUGGAAGUGCAGCGUCCAACGAGAGCAUCGGCAAGGAUGGCCUAGACGAUCAUGAACUGGAGGAUCGAGAGGCCGAGGAAAGAAGCUUCUUUCGAGGACUCGUACCUAUUGCACGGCAGCCCCGGAUAAUAAGAAUACGGCGGCAGCGCACAGCAGAUAGGACCGAGGAGGCAACAGCUUCAGACGACGAGUUCGAUGAUGGUGAUGAUGAAGGCGAAGAAGGCGCCGCCGAUACCGGCGAAGAUAUGGACAUCGAUGAGGUUGGUGCUCAGGAUAAUGAUGGAGAUGUAGAAAUGGAGGCUUUCGAAAGCGCGGACGAGGCGCUCGAAACAUCCGAGGCCACCAUGGCAGGGUAUCCUGCUCCACCUCCACCUCCUCCAGCACCGUCGCAGUUCUCGGUCGGCCAACGAGCACAGAAUGAGCAGAGUGAUACUCCUGCAGAGUCAGACAGCGAGCCUCUUGUUGGCGCACCUUCACUCAGCCAUGUCGAGCCUUUGAUGACGGUACCUGGAACGCCUCACACGCGAUCACUGCCACUGAGGCCUUCUCGACCUCCGCAUUACUGGUUGGAGAAGCCAGAAGGGUACGGCAGGAGGCCUGGGACGCCGGCUCAUGAGGAUCUCUGGCAGCGCCUGCGUCUCGAUCGCCUCAUCCUGUAUGAUCUGCGCAUGUGGAAGCAACUCCGAAUCGGCAUUCGCGACGUGUUCAUCAGCACCGUGGUGUCUAUCCCCGAGUUCAAGCGCCUGCUAGGCUUACGCUUUGCUGGUAUCUACACUGGUUUAGCGCAAUUGUUCCUCAUUGCCGAUCGAGAACCAGAUCAUUCGAUUAUCAACCUAUCGCUCCAGAUGUUGACGACGCCUUCCAUCACAUCAGAGGUAGUGGAACGUGGCAACUUCCUUACUAAUCUGCUCGCUAUUCUAUACACUUUCCUAACGACACGUCAAGUCGGUUACCCGGCAAACGUCGAUCCAAAGGCUACUCUGGCAUUUGAGCAAGGUGCAGUAACGAACCGACGACUACAUCACUUUUUCAUGGAUACGAAAUACCUCUUAGCAUCGGAGUUUGUCCAAGACAAGAUUCGCGAACAACCGCGGUAUCUUUUGCAAUUCCUGGAUUUAGUCAAAUUACACCAAGGCAUCUGUCCCAACCAACGCGCUAUCGGCGAGCACCUUGAGUUCGAAUCGGAAUUGUGGAUCAGCGCGUCACUCAUCACGAGAGAGAUUAACAAACUGUGUCGACAUUUUGCGGACUCGUUCACCUGGAAGAGCGACGAAGAUGCGACGAAUAUCUCCCGUGCAAUCCGGGCUACAGCUGAAGUGGUGACAAUCAACUCGCUGGGUGCCGAGCGCAGGCGCUUCGAUCAAGCUGAGCUUAAGGACGAAACUAAGUUUAAGACCCUGGAAGUCUUCGAGUUCGAUGCCAACUCGUCGACGUUGAUCGGUCCUAAUUACAAGAUCGUCGAUUACGUUGUUGCAAAAGAACACAUGAGCUUCCACCACGCUCUUCACUACACGCUGUCCUGGUUGAUCGAUCGAGCACGAAGCAUGCCACCGGCUCACGUGCAACAAUUGCUUCUCUUCACUCGUGACGAAUUGCUGAUUCGAUCCAGUCCCGGAUAUAUCUCAUCACACAAGCCUGAAGACUACCUGCUCGCCGUCUUUGACUUCCCUCUCCGCGUGUGUGCGUGGCUGGCUCAAAUGCGGGCAGGGAUUUGGGUUAGGAAUGGCGUUACGCUCCGACACCAGAUGAAUCAGUAUCGGAGCGUUUCACAAAGAGAUGUUUGCCACCAGAGGGACCUCUUCCUUCUUCAGUCGGCUCUGGUACUCUGCAACCCUUCGGUAUUCCUGGCUUCAAUGAUCGAUCGUUUCGGCCUCAUGGGGUGGAUGACCGGAAAGUACGACGCUAGCCAGCAUGGCUUUGAAGACACGCAGGCUAUCGAUGUAGUCGAAGACUUCGUACAUCUCUUGAUCAUACUUCUCAGCGAUCGCACCUGCCUGGUUGCAGCAGAGGACAGUAACAAUUCGCACCUCGCUGCCAUGCGCCGAGAUAUUGCGCACGUGCUAUGCUUCAAGCCACUCUCCUUCUCUGACAUGACUGCACGCCUGUCAGAUCGGAUUCAAAACAUGGACGAGUUCCCCGAUGUACUCCGUGAGAUGACGCGUUUCCGAGCUCCCGAAGGCCUGUCAGAUAGCGGCACCUUUGAGCUCAAGGAAGAGUACCUUGACUUGAUUGAUCCUUACGUCCACCAAUACAACCGGAAUCAGCGAGAAGAGGCUGAAAAUAUCUUCAAGAUCUACAAAGCGAAACAGACGGGAAAGCAGGCCAGGGACAUUGUCUUCGAACCAAGUCUUCGCCCAGUAACAUCAGGUCUGUUCCAGAACAUCGCUAGUUUUACGAGAACCCCGCUCUUUACACAGGUUAUGUACUACCUCCUGGGCUACAGUUUGAAAGCAACUUCCGCCACACCAAACAUACCCGCGACGCGUGUGGAGGCAUACAUCCAGUUCGUGCUGCAGUUGCUCCUCGUUGCCAUUCUUGAGGAUAAGUCUGAGCAAAAGGACUGGUCUGAGGAAUUGCCCGACUCUUUUGUCUCUUCGAUACUUACGCAAUCGGCGAACGUUGGAAUCUCUGAGCGACCGACGAUCCUCUCGCUCUUGUUAGCCAUCCAAGACAAGGAGGAGUACAAGGGUUGCGAGUCAAAAAUCACUCUGAUUCUGCACAGACUGAAGCAGCGACAACAGCACAAGUUCAUUGUAGCUGCUGCAGCGUUGAACGUACCGACCGAUAGGAUGGAUACUGCUUCACCUGCUAGCUUUGGGCUUGAAGAGAAGGAGCUGAAGAAGAAGCAGGCUCUGGAGCGGCAAGCGAAGGUCAUGGCAGCUUUCAAAGAACAGCAGGGCAAGUUCAUGGCCAAUCAAGACUUUGACUGGGGCGAAGAUGACUUCAGCGACUUGGAAGACGAAGACGGUGGCCUCGUUGAGCAAGAGAAGACGUUCAAAUAUCCCUCGGGCACCUGUAUCUUGUGCCAGGAAGAGACCAACGACCAGAAGCUUUACGGUACUUUCGGCUAUGUCUCAGAAAGCCGCAUACUUCGACAGACUGAUCUACAAGACGACGAUUGGGUAGACGAGGUCACUCAAACUCCUGUCAGUCUCGAUCGCUCCGCAGACGACGUCCGUCCAUUUGGCGUGUCUGGAAAGAAUAGGCACAUCGUCGAGAAAGUCAAUGCUGGGGGCGAACGCGUUGCCACAGAGAGGCAGACUCUUGGGAAGGGCUUCCCACGUGGCCACGUUCACUCGGGCCCAGUAUCCACUGGGUGUGGACACAUCAUGCAUUACGCCUGUUUUGAGGUCUACCUCCAGGCGACGCAGCGUCGGCAUGUCGGACAGAUCGCAAGGAACCACCCUGAGCGCCCUGAGUUCAAGGAGUUUAUGUGCCCACUUUGUAAGGCCCUCGGCAACAUGUUCCUGCCGAUCAUCUGGAAGCCGAAGAAGAUACUGCAUCCUGGCGCGCUUGAGACGGCCGUAUCGUUCGAGGAGUGGCUCGAGACCCGCGUUGCAGCGAUGAACAAGAUCUUCGAGGAUGACAGAGGCAAGGGUUCGGCUGUUGGGCUCGGGCAAGACCGGAAGAACCUCUUUGAUUACGGUCAACAAGACUUCGUUCAGAACAUCGCUGGUCACCUACCAGAUCUUGUCAGAGCGCCCGUCUUCCCACCGCCUGCACAAGCGACUACAGCGCCGCCCCACCAACACCGAUUCCAGAUUCCAGCCUUCUUGGCAGGAGCCUCGCGAGAGCCAGAGCCAGAGCCUGUCGCGCCUGUCACACCCAUGACUGAGCUCUUCAAGGUAUAUCAGAGACUGCGAGACACGCUCCGUUCGAACGAUAUUCCGUCCGCUUUUCAACACGUACCUGACAUGGGGAUUGAGAUCGAAGACUUGACCCAUACAGACUCGCUCGCUCAAGCCCUUGGCUACUCGAUCUCCGCUGUAGAGAUUGGUCAACGUGGUGUACAGACGGAAUUUAUCAGAGGCACAUUGAUCGACAAGAUUUCCCCACAAACUCUGACCCACCUUCAAAUUUUGUCAGAGACUGUGGCGUCUUAUAUUGCCAUUGGCAGUCUCGGGAACCAAGGAUCGAGUCUCACGGAAGUCGAGUACCUCCGCACUCAGCACGAGCAGAUUCGCCAAUUAUUUGUUGGGCAUCCUGGUGUCUUCGAUCCGGAGGUCCUGCCGCUUGAUUUGAAGACCGUUAUGCCUCUCUUGUGUCAGGACCCAUUUAUCUUCCUUACGCAGUGCGCAGUAGGCAUUAUUCCUGCUACAGGUCUCGAAAUACACCACGUCCUGCGCUUGUCUUACAUGGCAGAGAUGGUACGUGUCGUCCUGGCAUACACCAAGACCACCGAAGGCCAGCAGAAUGCACCUCACUUCUCACGGCCCGAACGAUUUGUCAAAUCUGAAAAAGUCAGCAAUGGCUUCUUCUCCGAUGAUCAGCUGAAUGGCCUGCUCUUCUUCGUCUGUGCGAUAUUCAAUGUUGCCAGUAUGGAGGACUCACCAGCAACACCGGACAUUGACAACAUGCCCAUUCCAGACAUGUUCAAGAACCCUAACUUCCUCUACUUCAUACAUACCAUGAUAUCCUCCUACGCCCUUCCCUUCCUGCGCAAAGCGGCAAUCCUGAUGCACAUACGUUGUGGCAUCGAACUACCUCCGACUCCCAUGGACCAGGUCGAUGAAUCCGAAUUCUCUCGUCUCACCACGCUACUGCGCCUUCCGACCCUGCACGAGAUAUUUUCAUCGUUCGCCGCACGCUCUAACUCGGGCCAGAUCACGCGCUCCAUCGUCGGCGGCUGGGUGCGACACCUCCUGUGGGCGCAAGCAGGAAAUCAACCGCUUCGCCCUACAAUCUCGCUCUCGCACCCUGCCAUCUUCGAGCUCGUCGGCCUGCCCAAGACUUACGACACGCUCACCGACGAGGCAAUACGCCGGAAGUGUCCAACAACAGGGAAAGAACUCACCGACCCAGCACUGUGCCUGUUCUGCGGCGAAAUCAUGUGCUCCCAGGCUGUGUGCUGUAUGACUGCUAAAGGCUCGCGGGGCGGCUGUAAUCAGCAUCUUGCCAAGUGCGGCGGCCAAAUCGGCAUCUUCAUACAUAUCCGGAAGUGCAUGGUGCUCUUCCUCAACCGCAACCACGGCACCUGGGCUGUCGCCCCGUAUCUCGACAAACAUGGUGAAGUCGACCCUACGCUAAGGCGCCACCAUCAGCUCUUCCUUAACCAGAAGAGGUAUGAUGCGCUUCUCAGGAAGGUGUGGAUGGAGGGUGGUAUUCAGAGUUUGAUCGCGAGGAAACUAGAGGGGGACAUCAACAAUGGCGGGUGGGAGACGCUGUGAGUGGGAGGACGCAGUACAAGAACCGAGGAAGGUGAAUGGGUUGCAUUGUUGUGGCGUUGUGCUUGAUUUAAAGUGAUAGAUGAAAUCGACUUCUUCAAUCGA